AUGACAUGUCAAUCCGGCGGCGGCAAGCCCAAUGUGCCCUCCUCUCGGCACUUUUCAUCUUAUCCCCCAUCGCGUAUCAUGUCUUCCACCAAAAGUACCCCCGCCGUCCCUUCGCCACCGUUGAAAAAUAGUGCCUAUUACAACAAGAACAAGGCGUAUUUCCAAGCGUAUUACCAGCAGCACCGCGAGACGUUGCUCGAAUAUGCCCGUGUUAACCACAAACGCACGUACGCGGCCCAGAAGGACAAGAAAAUCCAGCGCGCCAAAGCCCACCAUGCCCAGCAUCGAGAGAAAAAGCUGGCCCAAAUGAAAGCGUACUACCUCAAGACCAAGGCAAAGCGGGCAGCUUCGACGCAGUCCCAGUGCACAUCCCAAUCGUAUUGUCAUCAGUGCGAGUCCCAGCAGCGGGCGGUAGAGGACAACGACGACGCCACGGCGGCAGCCCAGCUGAUCCUUCACAUGACUCAAGCAACCACGUCGUCAAUGAUGUCGAUGCAAUAUUUACUCAACCCGAUCGACGAGUGUACCCCCCGUGACUACUCGCCCCAGGACGUGCACGACGAAUUGUCCGUCGACCUGUGACAUGGUAUCUUUAUACUAACUUUAUAAUGUAACGUUCGUUCGGUGGUAUUCCAAUCAAGCCACGUGGUUGUUGUACGAGAGGACUUUGAAGUAAUAAUCACAGUGAUUCCAAUGAAGUCGUGUUUGAAUGUCCGUGUCUUGGUCGACAGCUGUGACGGACGUUACGUUGGCAAGUUUCGGGCUUCUUUCUUGCCUGUUGAGAGGUUGAUUCGAAUCCAUAGUCCCUAUGUAUACCGCAAGCAGUAACAAUUCAACAACAACGCAAGAUCGUCAGGUUACUACUAGUACGCAUGUAUGAAAUAGAAAGGGAGGGAAUGCUGACCCCUGGCAGUUGUUGAUCUGGGCCAAUCUCCUUCCAAUCGUCCGAGGGCUCAAACAAGUCAAUUGAUGCACGGGCAUGUGGAAGUGCCCGGUCCUGCACGCUUUCGCCAGGGAUGACCAUGACCUCCAACGACCCAGCACCUUGUUCACGUUGACCAUGGUGGAUGGCAUGCAGCAUGGGAGGCAGGCCAGCUAGUACCAUCAACAGCGCAAGACCACCACGACUUGGGUGCAUGUUUGUGGUGUUGCGUGGAAUGCAAAGUGACGUCACCUUGCACUCGCCCCUUGAGCGAUCGUUUCACAAGUGUGAGUGACC